AUGAGCAAGCUAUAUGCAGAUAUUACAUUUAGUUAUUGGCUUCAAUCAAAUUUAGAAAUUGAUCAAACUCAAAUAUAUGAUAACAAUAUUUUUAUACAACAGUCUAAUUUAUCUAUAGAAAUAGAUUCUGUAGAACAAACAAAUAUCAAUAUUGAGAUGUCUACUUUAGAUAGUAUAAGUAACUUAAGUUCUGAAGAUCUAAAUAUUAAUAUAAGUGAAGAAAAUUUUAAUAACUAUUUGCAAGAAUGGUCUGAUAUGUUAGAAGAAGAAAGUCAACAAUUUGAAGAAGAAGAUAUUAAUGAAAAAUAUACAAAUAGUGAUGAAUUUACUACAAAUAAUACUCAUCCU